GCAGGGACAUUGUCGGUAGGUGAAACGGUCGGAAGCUGAACUGUCAAAAUUUAGCAGGUGCCCGUUCUUGGAGGAAAUGGUUUAUUUCGCCAUAGAGAAUGGCGAUUUCAACUAUUUCUAGUUAAUGUAUGUCAAUGAUAUAAGUUUAAGUGUGAGAUUUUGUUAAAGACGUUGAAAGGGAUAUAUUGGAAUGCAUGUUAUUGUUUACAAGCUUUCUUCUAAAUUUAGGCAUAUGUUAAUUAGCCGACCAGCCAAUCAAAAUCAACGUUGUAUCCUUUCAUGUUUAGUAGCCAAUCAAAGUACGUGUAAGAUCUGACAACCGCUAAUGCGCCAACAUUCAAACGCUUUUCGAGCAGACGUUUGACAGCUGAUUACUUUGUGACAAGUUGGUGUUCUGCACAUUUGGCGCAGACGAUUCUUCCAAGAUCCAAGAAUGCAAGAAAAUUAGAAGGACAACAGAUUAUCCUCUGACUGUUUAACAGGAGGAGGGUUUACUUCAGUGAAAAUGGUACAGGAAAUUUGUGCACUGCCCAUUUAUGGACAAAAACUGGAAAAUGUCGCAUCCGAACAGAACGUUCGAACAAUGGCAAUCGUUGACACAGACAUUUACCCUCGAAAAUCUGCAGACAAUCAGUGUUCUAAGACUCGGACUGUGUAUGAUGUGGUAGUGUUGAAACAAAUGCUGCAGCGAAUGGACAAGGAACAACAACUCAAUGACUGGUGUGUCCACUUGAACAAGACAAUGCACACAUCUCAGAGAGACAGUGCUGUUUCAACCAUUCGAUGCUUGACCAUGUUUUAUGGCUUCAGUUGUGAAACAUUUGCUGCAGCAGUGAAUUUCUUGGACCGCUUUCUCUUCAAAAUGAAGGUACAACCCAAAUACAUUUCAGUUGUGGCUGCAGCUUGUUUCUACAUUUCUGCAAAGUUUAACGAAGAAGCAGAGGAAAUUCCAAGUGCAUCAGAAAUAUCCUAUCUACACGGUCAAACAUGGAAACCUUCAGAUCUGAAGAGGAUGGAAAUGGUGAUCCUUGAAAAGCUGAAAUGGGAAAUAUGGCCUGUGACAUGUCCGUCCCUACUGAAAACUCUCUGUGAUAUCAUCUCCUCCCUACCAAAUAGACACCAGUCUCCAAUACUUGAUUCCUUGCUGACCAAUUUCGAAGUUUGCAUAAACUACAGCUCUUGUGCAAUUUUUAAGAGUACCACCUUAGCAUUGGCUUUGAUUCAACACUCAGUGACUGAAAUGAAUAUUCAAACAUUUGAGAUGAAUCAGUGCUUACUUUGGCUUCAUGCAGUCUGUCAGGUGCAGGACUCAGAAUUUUACGAAUGCUUCUGUACUGUGAGUGGAAUUCUAGAUCUGUAUAGGAGCCAGCCAGGAAGGCAUCCAAGCUGCUUGAAAGUUCCUAAACCUCAAAUUAGAAUGUCUCUAAUAUCCAGACCCAGCUAUUAUGGAUGCACAGACUUGCCCACAAUAGAGGAAUCAGAUUCUGACAUGGAUGGGAGUAAUGACGAGGAGGAUGUUUUUGAAGUUCCAAAGAUUACUGAUCACACUGAUGGCAAACUGAAGAGUUGGAGUUGUUGUGUGUUGCCUGAAAGGUGUGUAAUGUGUGAAAUUCACUGAAAUAUUUAUAUUAUCAUGUAAAAAUGUUAUGACAGAGUGGUCCUAGAAAUCCACAUGGGAAAAAAUCUACUUGUGUUAAUAGUUGAGUCAAUUGUGUGUAAAUGGUGAGAGAGGAGUGAGAAUGAUACAUUAUUUAUUUCAACAUAUCACAUUUAUGUAUUUUUUAUAACUGUAAGAACAACUCUCAGUGGUCUAGCGUUCUAGUCCAAGCGCAAAUAAAACUUCCAAGAGUUGUCUGCCUUGCCAAUGAGCACCACAGAUUGAUGAGAGUGGUUAUGAUGGGGCAAUAGCAAUUGAUUUCAGAUCAACAUUUGUGCAAUUAAUAGAAUAUAGCUUUAUUAUUAUUAUUAUGUUGAAAAGGAUUUUAGUGGACAGUAGGUUCAGUAGUUAAAAUGGCAAACAUAAUCUCAUCCAAUUGAUGCAAAAGGAUAGACGUGACUUAAAGAAUUGAUGCAAAAUGAUGGGUGAACAAUUUCCUGCAUCUAUAAACCAAACCUGAUAAUAUCUUCUGAACUCAAAGGGUUUUAUUUAAUGAGACAGCAUAAUUAAAUUUCAUCCACACUCAAAACAACCUUAUGAAAGUUUAUGCAAUUUUCAGAGACGGGUAUUUUAAAUGAAAUUGACAUGUCUUUUUUGUUCCUCCAGUUCCCUACAAGUUUAAAAGAUUUAACAUAUUUUGUCAUUUGGCCUUUUUUUGCCGUACAAAGAAAACCGUUUGGUUGUCCUUUAACUAGUCUUACAAUACCUGUUACAUGAUCAGAUUAGUUUUUGAUGUUUUAUGUAUUUGGGAAUUUUAUCUAUCACCUUUGUUUAGUAUAUUUCAAUUUAUAAGUAACAGCUAUCUUCUACUACAUUUUAAGCAUUCUUUUAAGAUUACCACUGUGAUUUGGGUUGUAAAAUCAACCUGUGUGUUUUUAUCAAGUGUUUAGACUAAUAUAAUGAAUUCUGAUUAAAAUGCAUGUUAAACAAGGUUUUAUUAUGUCUUAUUUAAGGUUAACUCUUUGCUAUUUAAGUUGUUCAAUUUGUAGUUUUUUAAAAACAUGUUCAGCACAAUUUUAUGCUUAACUAGUUAUUGUUUGCUGAUCAGUUAAUUAUUGAAGUGCUUCACUGCUUGUUUAGCCUAUUUGUUCUGUUGAGAAAAGCCCAUAAAGCAGUCAUUUUGAAAGAAAUAACAUUUAUUUAGUUAUACUUUGAUCUAAAUUUUAUGUAUAUGUGCAACAAAAUUUUGAGCCUAUUUUUGUUUGAUAAUUGGAAAUGUGAGAAUAUCAUAUUCACAAAAUUCUGGAUAAAUUUCAACCCAAGCAGAAUAGUUUAGGUUACCAUCGGAUGGUGUAGCCUCCAGUUUUCUUAUUUACAUUUUCACUGUUCAAGGAAUGUUAAUAUAAUUGAAAUAAUUGAGCAGUAAGGUACAAUGGAAUUGAAACUGUUUAACUGGUAAAAUGUAUAAUAAGAAUUCAGAUUUAUUUUACUUGCAUGGAACUUUUAAAAAACAGUUAUCUUUUUAUUCUUUAGAUAUGGUAUUAGUUGAUUGACAUCUGAUAAAUAAGUCUUGUAGUGUCUAUUUAUUGUCCAGGAAAAAAUGUUUAUUGUUUAUUUAUUGAUAUUUAUUGAAAACGAUUCAUGGAUUAGGCCAAUGGACUACUACCUUAUAACUGUACCAUAUAUAGACAAUGGGCUUUUCAACUUCCAGCAUGAACAUUUUUAUAUGAAGUGACCAGUAUUGCAUCUUGUAUAUAGAUUCAUUAUAAAUCUCAUUUCAUUCACAUAUUUAUAUUUUUAUAAAAAAAAAAUGAAUAAAAAUACUAUUUAUUGAUAUGUUUCGUUUUACACUUUGUCUAUCUAAAGCAUAGGCGUAGCAGCCAUAACGCAGAAUCAAGUACAGUAAAAAUGUUGAUGUAUAUUAGUACGCCAAACCACCUAAAAUACAUUAAUUAUGUAAACCA